GUCGCUUCCAACGGGUAACUGUACACGGCGCUACGUCUACGUCUCUGCCAAUCACAUCUGGAGUCCCACAAGGAUCGUUGCUGGGUCCCUUUCUCUUCUCAGUGUACAUCAAUGACUUACCUAACAACAUAUCCACUUCCACUGGGGUCGGUUUGUUUGCUGACGAUACCAAACUUUACAGAUGUGUGCAGAAUCCCUGUGAUGCAUUGGUCUUGCAAGAUGAUAUUCAAGGCCUACUUUGUUGGUCGAUAGAAAACCGGCUACGCUUUAACCAAUCUAAGUGUAAAGUGCUGUCAAUAACCAGAAAGAAAUCGCCUUUAAUAUAUCCCUAUAAGCUUGACAAUGAUCAGUUGUUGGUUUCCAACGCACAGGUUGAUCUGGGUAUCACCAUUAGUCCUAAGCUAUUAUGGAACGAUCAA